AUUAGAAAUAUUGUUUGUUGUUCAAUCAACAAAGAACAGCAUCCAUCAUCAUCAUCAUCAUCAUAUAUAUAUCCCACCUAAUCAUAAUUUUCCUUGAAAAACAAACUUGUCAACAACAUUAAGAAUCUGAUCAAAUUUUAGCCCUCAAAACAUUUUUUUUUUUCCUGCAUUCAUUCUUUUUUGGUCCCUCAUCACAUUAUUAUACCUUUUGAGGUAAAAUCUUUUCGAGGGACUUAAUAAAGAUAAUGGGUGCGUGUUGUUCGUGUCAUCGGGGUGUCGGUCAUUUCGAAGGUCUUUUCAUGGAAGGCGGAUCGGAAGGCAUUAAAGAGCUCGAUAAUGGAAAACUCAUAUCGAGAGGAGAUAAAGGCGCGCUCGUUCGUCUUCAGGGUUCGUCUAAAUAUGUUUCUAUGUUCUCACAACAAGGCAAGAAAGGCCUCAACCAAGAUGCCAUGACAGUUUGGGAGAGCUUCUUAGGUGAUAGAGAGACAUUCUUGUGUGGUGUGUUUGAUGGACACGGGCCCUCGGGCCACAUGGUUGCACAAUACAUUCGCGACAUUUUGCCGGCAAAGAUAUCAUCUUUAUGUAAAAGAUGGGACAUUGAGGAGAGAAAUAAUCGUGACAAUGAGAUGAGUCCGGAGAUUAAUAAUAAGAAUCAAUUGUUUCAAUCAUGGAAAUCAAGAAUGAUAAAUUGCUUCCACGAGAUGGAUGAUGAACUCGAGGCUAAUGCUUCAAUUGAAAGCUAUUGUAGCGGCACAACAUCUGUUAUCGUGCUUAAGAAGGGUCAACAUUUGAUCAUUGCGAAUUUGGGAGAUUCGCGCGCUAUCCUCUGCAAAAGGGAUGAUGAAAAUAAUCAAAUUAUUUCAGAGCAGCUCACAGUUGAUCUCAAACCAAAUCUCCCAGAUGAAAUGGAGCGAAUAAAAAGUUGUGAAGGCCGAGUUUUGGCAAUGGAAGAAGAGCCAAAAGUGUACAGGAUUUGGAUGCCAGACCAAGAUUGCCCUGGACUUGCCAUGGCAAGAGCUUUUGGAGACUUUUGCUUAAAAGACUUUGGCCUCAUUUCAACUCCUGAUGUAACUUACAGAAAGCUCACUGAAAGCGAUGAAUUCGUAGUCUUAGCAACCGAUGGGAUAUGGGAUGUGCUGUCAAACAACGAUGUCGUAAAAAUUGUCGCGUCGGCAAAAAAACGGUCAAUGGCAGCAAAGCUUCUUGUUGACGAGGCCGUGAGGGCUUGGAGGCACAGAUUCCCGUGCGCCAAGACUGACGACUGUGCCGUUAUUUGCCUUUUCUUCAAGCGCCAACGGCCACUACUUACAAAGUCCUAUUCGGAAGUGUCGGGCCUAAGCCAAUCGGAAUUACAUGGCGGUGGGGACCACGGCCAUGCGGGCACGGAUGAUGGGCUCGACACGGUCUUGAAUUGGGACGACGGCCGGAGGUCGUCGCAUCAUUACAGCCGUCGUAUCAAGAAGAGAAGGUUGGUCGCCAAGCUAGAGACAGUUGGAGAGUGAUAUUUAUGUUGUUUGUUUGUUUGUUUGGGUGUAAAAUUGUAUUGAAUUUGAGGGGGAAGAUUUUUUAUUGUCUUAUUUUAUUUAAUGCAACGGUUACCCCUGAAGUUUAUUUUCAAAAGCACUAAAUGCUGCUCUUGUAAUUAAUAAUACUUCAAUUGAUUUGUUUGGAAAAUAGGCCUGGG